CACAUGUUUUUUUUAUUAGUGAAUAACCACAGAUAUGUAUACCUGUAUAUAAAAUUUAAAACAGCUAAAACCUGUAGGUUGUAAUGAAUAAAUUUAAUAAUGAUUUGUGUAAAUAUAAGUUGUAGUUUGUAAUUCAUAUUUCAUAGUUAGGAAACGGAAUAAGACUGAUUUAGAAUUUCAAGAUUGGAGUCGAAUUUUAGUCAAUAAAUAAAUCGUACUUGAUAUCUUAACAAGUUAUGUAUCAAUUAAAUAAUCAUUUAUGAAUUGUUACAAAACCCCAAAACAUUUAAUAUGACCAGUGAUUUUCCUAUUGAUUCAAAUCAAUUAUUUGAAAAUGUGCAAUCAGCUAGUAAUAAUAAUAAUAGAAGUCUUAAAGGAUUGUUUUUAGUGGGAUUAACUGGUGGUAUUUCUAUUGCACUAAGCAUAAUUUGUUAUCCGUUCAUAUCACCAGCUUUACGGAAAGUAUGUUUACCAUAUGUCCCAGCAACCAACUUGCAAAUCCAAAAUGUUUUGAAUGUAAUUAAAGGACGAAAAGGGAAAUUAAUUGACUUAGGCAGUGGUGAUGGAAGAAUAGUUAUAAAUACAGCAAAAGCAGGGUUUGAAUCAGUUGGUGUAGAGUUGAAUUUUUGGUUAGUGUUAUAUUCACGUUUAGUUGCCAUGAAAUCUAAAAUUCAGCCUUCUCCGAAAUUUAUUCAAACAGAUUUGUGGAAAUAUCACUUGGGACCUUUCUCAAAUGUUGUAAUAUUUGGUGUUGAAGAAAUGAUGAUGGAUCUAGAAAAAAAAUUUGCUGCAGAAUUAUCAGAGGGAACAGUAAUAGUUGCUUGUCGCUUUCCUCUCCCAAAUUUAGAACCUUAUUUAGUCAUUGGUACAGGUAUUGACAGAGUUUGGGCAUAUAGAAUAUCUAAGACCAAACCAUAAUCCAUAAAAAUAUGUUAUAGCUAAUCUUAUUAUUUAUUUUAGUAUACUAUUAUAUAGCUGACAAACUGAUAUGCGUUUUUGAUGUAUAGUUAAAUAAAAAAUAAAAUUAAUGA